AUGGAUGUGUACACCCUCCUGCGAAUCGGCUCUGGAGGUAUUGCCAAUGCUAGGCGAAUGGAACCUUCCUAUUUCACCAGCUUGCCCACACGACAUGAAGAAGUCAACAAAUUUGAAUGCUCCUCAUUUUACAGCAUCAACUACAGCGACUGUAGACAAAAAUACAGCGGAGAGACGGAAAGGACAAUCAACACAAAGAUCAAAGAAGACCAGCGACUAUGCGGAAAAAUGGAUACGGAAAGAUCGGAGAUCUGA